ACAGUGAAUUUGCCUAUCCACUCGACUCUUCUCUCUUGAAUCAAUGCUGCGCAACAACGAAAUCAUCGGGAUGACACUACCCUACAAGUCGUCUCCAUUGGUGGGCAUCAGAUACAGCUGGUAAGCUGCGAUCUGGAUUGCCCGAGCCUAGGUCGAUGGAACAAGAUUAUGCGCCAACUGUUGCUUUCAGCCUGGGAUCUCUUUUCACAUGCUCAUAAAUCCUUGUUGCUUUGUUGGACCCUUCACCGGUUUCCUCGCGAACGGGACAGACGAUGAAGUCGGUCUGCGGCAUAGAUGUCAAUGCUAAUCAAGGAAGCAGAUGCAGUGCAACCUGCGAUGAUACGGAAGAGAGAAAUCAUGGGGCAGCAGCGCUGGUACCACACGGCUUGCCUGGCCACAGCACAUGCCGCAAGGCUAGAUCCUUGCUGCAUCACCGCUGCCAUUGGAGUCACCUCAUGGCUACAUGGAUUGUCAUGUCAUGCCAGAGCUCACCAUACCACUCUUCAAGCCGAGACGUCUUCACCUCUUCCACUGACUCCUUGAGAGCGAUUCAAGACACCGGACAAAACGGAAUCUCGGACAGUGGCAUGGGACACUUGCAAGAAGAAGUACGUCCCACAGCGCUAAGCAACGUGUGCUCUUCGAGACAGCCAUCGCCUAGCAUACAUUCGCCUUCCUCGCCGUGUCUUAAUGGCAGACUCCAUGCUGCGCAUUGCAAGGCUGUUGGACUCAACGGUGCCGCUGCGCCGAAAGGUUGCUCUCCCUGUGUUGCGCGGGAUUGGGUGUCUUUGUCUGGAUUGUUGCCGAUGUUUGUCGUUGAAACAUGGUUUAAGGAGAGCAACGACUGUUUCUGGACGAUGCAGCACAUCUAUCGCAUCCUCAUGACCGUUCAUUGGGCCACUUACGGCAUUAUAGGGCGCUGGACCGGAACUUGGAGGCAUACAGAUAUACUACCACAAUCGGCUGUCUAGCCAAUUUUGAGACUCUGUACCUGGGUAGCCUACAACAAAAUUCAUGCUCGAAGACCUGCGUCAACUAUGCGGAUCAUGUCGCGAUCAAUGCCUUGAUCAAACGCCUUGCUGUAGAUGUUCAUUCGGCAUGUUGCUUGGUGGUGAAUUGGGAAAAUCGUCACUGGCUCGGAUGUCACCCAUUGUAGACUGGUGUGGAGCUGUC